AUUAAUGAUCACCAUAUUUUUUGUUUAGUUUUCGAAAUUAUGAGCCUAAAUAACAUUGAUGUUUUUCCCUCCACACACCAAUUUCUUCUUCUUUUUUCCUUCACAUAUUCCUGGAAAUACUUCCAUUGUCAAUUUUCCAGAUUUGUUUAUGGCUUCCACGAGUCUAUAUAAACGCUUUCACCCCCCUCCAGUUUCUUCAUUUUGUCAAUGAAACAAAAAGAAAAUCGAGUGAAAAAGGAAAAAAGAAAGAGAGAAUUUUCUUUCUCGUUUAGAAGUAAAUAAUAAUCUUCACAGUUAUGGCGGCUUCGGUCGGUAAUCGACAAUUCACGGGGCUUGAACCAGCUUUGAACGGCGUUUACACUCCCUUGAAGCCCCAUCCAACCCAUACCCAUCGCCAUAUGCACCGUGUUUUCGUCGACCAUGAUUAUGAAUCCUCCAGCGAAGAUGAAGAUAACGUGAUCGAAAAUUACAAAGCCACGAUCAUCAAAUCCAACAGCGAGGUUGAUCCGUCGAUCUUUGACCCUCGAGACGAAGCAACCGCUGAUAAUUGGAUCGAGCGGAACCCUUCCCUGGUCCGUCUUACAGGGAAACACCCUUUCAACUCUGAACCCCCUUUGAACCGCCUCACGCAGCAUGGUUUCAUCACUCCGGUUCCUCUUCACAACAUUCGUAACCACGGUGCGGUCCCCAAAGCUUCCUGGGAUGACUGGACCGUUGAAAUAACCGGUUUAGUUAAAAGGCCGAUAAAGUUGACCAUGGACCAAUUGGUGAACGAGUUUCAAAGCCGUGAGUUCCCGGUUACCUUGGUUUGCACCGCGAACCGUCGUAAAGAACAAAACAUGAUCAAACCAACGGUGGGUUUCAACUGGGGAGCUGCGGGGAUUUCAACUUCGCUGUGGAGGGGUGUACCAUUGUGUGACAUGCUCAAACGAUGUGGGAUCUAUAGCAAGAAACAUGGCGCCCUCAAUGUGUGUUUCGAAGGGGCUGAGCAUUUGCCUGGCGGCGGCGGUUGCAAGUACGGAACCAGCAUCAAGAAGGAGAUCGCCAUGGACCCAUCUCGGGAUAUUAUCUUAGCUUACAUGCAAAACGGCAAACUUUUAACCCCGGACCAUGGCUUCCCUGUUCGGAUCAUCAUACCAGGGUUCAACGGCGAGAUGGUGAAAUGGUUGAAACGGUUGAAACGAAUCAUCGUUACAACGAAAGAAUCCGAUAGUUUUUAUUACUAUAGAGAUAACAAGGUCUUUCCUUCCCAUGUUGAUUUACAGCUAGCCAACGCUGAAGGUUGGUGGUAUAAUCCGGAAUGCGCCAUCGAUGAGCUAAACAUCAACUCGGUGAUAAUGAGGCCUUGUCAUAAAGAGAUCUUGCCAAUCAACUCGUGGACAACUCGGAGGCCGUACACAUUGAGGGGCUAUGCAUAUUCGGGUGGUGGGAAAAAAGUAAAACGUGUGGAGGUAACAAUGGACGGUGGUGAAACCUGGCAGGUUUGCACGGUGGACCACGCUGAAAAGCCAAACAAAUACGGUAAAUUCUGGUGCUGGUGCUUCUGGUCACUUGAUGUUGAAGUGCUUGACCUUUUGGGAGCCAAAGAGAUAGCGGUGCGAGCCUGGGACGAGACCUUUAACACCCAGCCCGAAAAGCUCAUUUGGAAUCUUUUGGGAAUGAUGAACAACUGCUGGUUCCGUGUAAAAGCAAGUGAAAACGGGAUGGUUUUCGAGCAUCCGACUUUGCCAGGCAACCAAUCUGGUGGAUGGAUGGCUGAGGAACGACACCCGGAAAACCCGACCAUAAAGAGGAGUGUCUCUACUCCUUUCAUGAACACUGCCACCAGAAUUUCGAUGUCUAAGGUGAAGAAACACAACUCUGUUGAUUCCGCUUGGAUCGUCGUCCGUAGUCACAUCUAUGAUUGCACUCGUUUCCUCAAGGAUCACCCUGGUGGCAUGAGCAGUAUUCUUAUCAACGCCGGAACCGACUGCACUGACGAGUUCGACACCAUUCACUCUGACAAAGCCAAGAAUAUGCUAGAAGAUUAUCGAAUUGGUGAGCUGAUCACGACGGGUUAUGUUUCCGACUCGGCGGCGUCCUCGCCUAAUACUUCCGUGCAUAGAGCAUCGAACAUUAGCUUUUUAGGUCCCAUUAAAGAAGUUGCAGCCACAAGACCCGUGGCGCUUGUUCCACCUGAGAAAAUCCCAUGCAAACUUGUCGAUAAAACAUCCAUCUCUGACGAUGUUCGUCGGUUCCAAUUCGCGUUGCCGUCGGAAGAUCAAGUGCUCGGGUUACCCGUAGGGAUGCACAUAUUUUUGUGUGCCACCAUUGAUGAUAAGCUUUGCAUGAGAGCCUACACCCCAACCAGCAGCAUUGAUGAAGUUGGCCACUUUGAUCUACUUGUCAAGAUUUACUUCAAAGGGGUACAUCCGAAAUUCCCUAACGGCGGGCUCAUGUCACAAUAUUUGGACUCUCUCCCACUGGGUUCAUCACUAGAGGUGAAGGGUCCUAUGGGUCACAUCCAAUAUACCGGUCGAGGCAACUUUUUGGUUCACGGCAAACCUAAGUUUGCCAAGAAACUAGCAAUGUUUGCCGGUGGGACGGGGAUCACCCCAAUUUAUCAAGUCAUCCAAGCUAUUUUAAAGGACCCCAAGGACGAGACCGAGAUGUAUAUGGUGUACGCGAACCGAACUGAGGACAACAUUUUGCUGAAAGACGAGCUCGACGAUUGGGCUAAGAAGCAUGAUCAGUUGAAAGUAUGGUACGUGAAGUAUCUCGUGCAAGAAUCUAUAAGGGAAGGAGGGCAAUAUAGCACAGGUUUCAUCUCGGAUAGUGAGCUGAGGGAUCACAUCCCAGAGGGCUCCAGCAACACUCUCGCGUUGGCUUGUGGGCCACCACAGAUGAUCCAGUUCACCGUGCAGCAGAACUUAGAGAAGAUGAACUAUGACAUUAAGGAUUCUUUGUUAAUAUUUUAAAGGAAAUUGAGAGAUUUUUAAUGGUUUUAGUCACUGUUCUUUGUCUUGUAUUCUUAUCAAAUUUUCCCUUAGAUUAAUAAGGUUGUUGGGAAAAUGAUGUACAGAGAGAAAUCAAAGGUGGUGUUGUUUGAGAGAAGGAAAAACAA